GUGGGCGGCGGCGCCGAGGGAGGCGGAGAGGGGCCGGGUUCGGCUCGUCGCCGCGGGCCGUGCGGGAGUCGCCGCCGCCGCCGCGGCCGCCGGGCGCCGCGCCUCAGACGGGGAGGAGGAGCCGCAGCCGCCAGGAAUAGCUAUUCACAGUCAGACAGAACCACUUACACGUAUCUCCCGAGGAAGUCAGAGUCUGAGCCAUCAUGAAGAUUGAAUCUUGUCUUUGGUCUGAUUUACCUUUAUUGUAACCAUGUGCAAGGUGGAGGUUAUAGCAUGGAGACUAAAAUCUUACUUCCUGCCUGACAUAACUCACUUCAAGAAGUACACAAUGUCAGAACAUGGGAUUAAGUGGGCCUGUGAAUAUUGUACGUAUGAAAACUGGCCGUCUGCAAUCAAGUGUACUAUGUGUCGUGCCCAGAGACCCAGUGGAACAAUUAUUACAGAAGAUCCAUUUAAAAGUGGUUCAAGUGAUGUUGGUAGAGAUUGGGAUCCUUCCAGUACUGAAGGUGGAAGUAGUCCUUUGAUAUGUCCAGACUCUAGUGCAAGACCAAGGGUUAAGUCUUCAUACAGCAUGGAAAAUGCAAAUAAAUGGUCAUGCCACAUGUGUACGUAUUUGAACUGGCCAAGAGCAAUCAGAUGUACCCAGUGCUUAUCCCAGCGUAGGACCAGGAGUCCCACAGAAUCUCCUCAAUCCUCAGGAUCUGGUUCAAGACCAGUUGCCUUUUCUGUUGAUCCUUGUGAAGAAUACAAUGAUAGAAAUAAACUGAAUACAAGGACCCAGCAUUGGACUUGUUCCGUUUGCACAUACGAAAACUGGGCUAAGGCUAAAAAAUGUGUUGUUUGUGAUCAUCCCCGACCUAAUAACAUUGAAGCAAUAGAGUUGGCAGAGACUGAAGAGGCUUCUUCAAUAAUAAAUGAGCAAGACAGAGCUCGAUGGAGGGGGAGCUGCAGUAGUGGUAAUAGCCAAAGAAGAUCACCUCCAACUACAAAACGGGACUCUGAAGUGAAAAUGGAUUUUCAGAGGAUUGAAUUGGCUGGUGCUGUUGGUAGCAAGGAGGAACUUGAAGUGGACUUUAAAAAACUAAAGCAGAUUAAAAAUAGGAUGAAAAAGACUGAUUGGCUAUUCCUCAAUGCCUGUGUGGGGGUCGUGGAAGGUGAUUUAGCAGCCAUAGAAGCAUACAAGUCAUCAGGAGGAGAUAUUGCACGCCAGCUCACUGCAGAUGAAGUACGCUUGCUGAACCGACCUUCUGCUUUUGAUGUUGGCUACACUCUGGUCCACCUGGCCAUACGUUUUCAGAGGCAGGACAUGUUAGCAAUAUUGCUUACAGAGGUAUCUCAACAAGCAGCAAAGUGUAUUCCAGCAAUGGUGUGUCCUGAAUUGACAGAACAAAUCCGGAGAGAAAUAGCUGCUUCUCUUCACCAGAGAAAGGGAGAUUUUGCUUGCUAUUUUCUGACUGACCUUGUAACAUUUACAUUACCAGCAGAUAUUGAAGAUUUGCCUCCAACAGUUCAAGAAAAAUUAUUUGAUGAGGUGCUUGAUAGAGAUGUUCAAAAAGAGCUAGAGGAAGAAUCUCCCAUUAUAAACUGGUCUUUGGAGUUGGCUACACGUUUGGACAGUCGACUGUAUGCACUUUGGAACCGAACUGCUGGAGAUUGUUUACUUGACUCAGUACUACAAGCUACCUGGGGCAUUUAUGACAAAGAUUCGGUGCUUCGGAAAGCCCUGCAUGACAGCCUGCAUGACUGUUCACAUUGGUUUUACACUCGCUGGAAAGACUGGGAAUCGUGGUAUUCCCAGAGCUUCGGUUUACAUUUUUCACUAAGGGAAGAACAGUGGCAAGAAGACUGGGCAUUUAUACUCUCUCUAGCUAGUCAGCCCGGAGCAAGUUUGGAACAGACACACAUUUUUGUACUUGCGCAUAUUCUCAGACGACCAAUUAUAGUUUAUGGAGUAAAAUAUUAUAAGAGUUUCCGGGGAGAAACUUUAGGCUAUACUCGGUUUCAAGGAGUUUAUCUGCCUUUGCUGUGGGAACAGAGUUUUUGUUGGAAAAGUCCAAUUGCUCUGGGCUAUACAAGGGGCCACUUCUCUGCUUUGGUUGCCAUGGAGAAUGAUGGGUAUGGCAGCCGAGGUGCUGGUGCUAAUCUGAACACUGAUGAUGAUGUCACCAUCACAUUUUUGCCUCUGGUUGACAGUGAAAGGAAGCUCCUCCAUGUGCACUUCCUUUCUGCUCAGGAGCUAGGUAAUGAGGAGCAGCAAGAGAGACUGCUCAGAGAGUGGCUGGACUGCUGUGUGACUGAAGGGGGAGUUCUAGUGGCCAUGCAGAAAAGCUCCCGGCGGAGAAACCACCCCUUGGUCACACAAAUGGUAGAAAAAUGGCUUGACCGCUACAGACAGAUCCGGCCUUGUACAUCCCUGUCUGAUGGAGAGGAAGAUGAGGAUGACGAGGAUGAAUGAAAACAAACACACCUAAGGAGCAAAAAGACCAAGGCAUCAGGUCUGAGAUGGCCCAAAGUUUGUGUGGUUUUCAAAGCAGAAUAUGCAGCAUGGAGUGAGCCAGACCCUGUGGGAUCUGUGCCCAAGUAUCUUUCUGCUCCACACCCACUGGAGAAAAUGAGUGCAUCUGCAUGAGGAGAUGGAGAACUUUGGUUGAACUACAGUUUGUAAAAAAAGGAAAAAAAAAAAAAAACAAAACAAAAAACAAACAAAAAAACCCACCCUAAUUUUAUUGACAGAACUUUUUUCUUUCAAAUUGUAAAUCUGUCUAUGAAACGCAUGUGGUUGUGUAAGAAGUCGUGUACUAGCAAAAGUGCACCAGCAUCUUCAUGUUACUGAGAACAUUUUCCCAGCAUGGGCACUCACAAAAAGCACAUGGCAGAUAAACCUUUGAGAUACUCUCAUUAGAACCUGACAUCCUGCUCCCACCAUAAAAGACCCAUUUUCCAUUGUUUCAGAGAUUUGGAAACUUUGUACAAAUUAUCCAUGGCAAGAUAAAAAUAAACAAGCCUUUAUUUUAUUAAUAA